AUGAAUUCUAAAAUUUUAUUAUUAGCAUUAUUCAUCUCUCUAGUAUUUGAAAGUGUUGAUGCUGGAUGUUGUCCACUAUCCUUAAAAACUUUAUUUGGCAAAGGUUAUAAUUAUUGUGGACGAACGUUGCUUGAAAAGAUUGAAGAUGGAAAAGAAUGUGGUAUACUAAUAGAACAACAUUAUCUCUAUUCGUGUGGACGUAAAAAUAGCAAACCGAUUCUUAAACAAAAAUGUAAACCGUACAAAUGUGUACAGUUUAAACGUUGGAACGAUUAUUGCGAAGCAUGA